AAAUUGCCUUAUCAGAAUUGAUAAAUGUGUCAAAAUUAUUACCAAUUUAUUACGUUCAGGGAUUAUUUACACAGAUUACAGACUAAUUAAUAAUAUUAAAUAAUAUUUACUGUCAUAAGCAUAACUAAAAAAUUAAAAAUCAACAAAUAUACUAUAGAUAAAAAGAGUUUUUAGCUCGUCACUCGUAGUGUGAAGACUGAAGACGCCAACGCAGUGUUUUAUUACUUACCUUAUUAGUUAAUCUAGAGUUCUAUAAUAUACUACCUAUAUAAUAGACGUCCAUCGUCAUUAUUUAUGUACAUUUGUAAAUUUUAGUCUAGUCUUCUUAGUGAUUAUAUUAUUUAAAAAAAAAUAUAUUACAUAUUGAUUUUUAUAUCACAUCUCACGCUCAUUUCUUGUGAUUGAGUGAUUUUUAUAUACUAGUAUUAAUUUAAAAUUAUACUAGAUAUGUCAGCGUCUACAUCAGUGAAAAUGGUGAAGUUCAACAAUGGCCAACAGUAUCCAAUCUUAGGUUUGGGCACUUGGCAGACCAAACCUGAAUUAAAAGAAUCUGAACAGACAGAGAUUUACGAUGCAGUAAAAAGUGCUAUUGAUAUAGGAUAUCGUCAUUUUGAUUGUGCAGCUUUUUACAAUAAUGAAAAUUCCAUAGGAAAGGCUAUAGCUGAAAAAAUUGAAGAAGGAGUCAUAAAAAGAGAAGAAUUGUAUAUUACUAGUAAGCUAUGGAAUAACAAACAUAAACCCAAAGACGUUGAAGUUGCAUUGAAGAAUAGCUUGAAGUUAUUGGGUUUGGAUUACCUGGAUUUAUACCUUAUUCAUUGGCCAGUUGCAACCACUGAACAUCCGAUUGCGAAAGAUAGUGAAGGGUGGUAUAUUGGCACUGAUGAUUCUUAUUUAGACACAUGGAAGGCUAUGGAACAAUGUGUCCAAUCAGGACUCACAAAAUCAAUAGGAAUUUCAAAUUUUAAUAUUAAACAAACAAAAGAAAUUUUAGAAAUAGCAACAAUAAAACCGGUUGUAAAUCAGGUUGAAAAUCAUCCUUAUUUAACUCAAAAUAAACUUAAAGAGGUUUGUGAGAGUAAUGGAAUCCUAUUAACUGCUUAUGGACCUUUAGGAUCACCUUAUAGAGGUGCAAACUCAGAAGGAUUAGUACUUUUAGAGGAACCAAUUAUUAAAAAAAUUGCCGACAAGUAUAAGAAGACCAAUGCUCAAGUAUUAAUACGUUUUCAGGUCCAAAGAGGAGUUAUAGUCAUACCAAAAUCAUCUAAUCCAGAAAGACAAAAAGAGAAUUUUAAUGUCUGGGAUUUUGAAAUGAGCAAGGAGGAAAUGGAUUUACUGGAGUCAUUGAACCAGAAUCUACGUUAUGUUCUUUUCAAACCAGGAAUGCACUUGAAAGACUAUCCAUUUAACGAAGAACCAUGAACACUAUUAAUAACUACACUGAUAUAAUAACAGUCCUCUGAUACUGUAAUAUAUGUAAUAAGAAAUAUAAAAUUGAAUUGAA